UUUACGGAGGGGUUGAUCGAGGGUGUGAGAACAUGAUUGCAAAGCGGCGCACCAUAAUUUUACGCUAUGUUUAUGUGAUAUUUUGUGGAAAAAGUUCAUCCUUCUAAGUAACUUUUAUCAAAACUAAAUUAUGAGUUCAAAAAUGUUCUGGUCAGAGAAUAGAUAAUCGUUGAUCCGCCAUUCGAGGCACUAUAACAAAACUACAAAAAUGAUGAAAAAUCGCGAUACAACUUCAAAUCCAUAUAGAGUACCAAGGCAGCCUACAGCAAGAUGGAUUAAAGUAUCAAUUGUUGGAUUAUUUCUAAGCAAUGUAGCUUUGAUCGGAGGAGUUGUGUUUUUGGUAUUUUCAACGGAACAAUGCACUCGAACUUGUCGCCAGAAAGGCGAAGCCCUACAGGAAUCAGAAACGAAAGCAGCUCCCAACACUGAAGCUAUGUCGAAAGAUGGAGCAGAAAGUCCUAUAAUACUCCAGGAGAGAAGCAUCCGAGAAGUUAUCAGUAGAGUUAAUGAUGUAGAGAAAAUAGUAUCUGGAGUUAAUUCGAGAAUAGUCAAAUUGGAUGAAUUUUGCAGACGAAGUAAAGCAAUGGACGCCACAAAAACAACCAAUGUUGCUGUCGCUGCACCGGAUAGUUUGACACCUCGACAGACAAGCGUACUAGAAAUGAUGACCAAGAUGGAUAUCAAGAUAAGCAAUGUGGGCAUACAGCUAAAGGAACACAUUGCGAAUUCAAGACAACUUUGCAAAAAGGGUCAUUAUCGAUAUGGGAUGUAUUGUUUCUACGUCGGAGAAGCAAAAUUGUCGCAAGAAAACGCAAAAGAAUUUUGCUCAAAUGACUAUGGAGCUAAAGGAACUCUGGCAAUGAUCAAAGACAAGUUUGUACAUGACUUUAUAUCUGGAAAGUUACCGAAUCGACAACAUUCCUAUUGGAUAGGAAUAGAAAAGCAGGAGCAACGUUCAUCCGACUUACGCACCUCCCACAUCAUUCGGGAAUCCAAAAUAGAAACCGUCGGAUCUGAUAUGGUACCUUCACCACUGGCAUCUUCGCCCGAUGAAAACGCUCCAUUUGGAUCCAGUGCAUCAGGAUCAUCGCCAUUUGAUUACAUUGACGGAACGAAGGUUCAAAACAAAGUCUGGCAAAUGUGGGGGUCGAGAGCUAAUCGCCAUAAUACCGGAAAUCGUGCGUGUGCUGCCCUGACAUUUGACCUCAAUGCAGGAAGUAAUGGCGACUGGCGUUGGCAGGAUUAUGACUGCGGUGCAGGAUUGGGAUAUGUUUGCCAAUACUACGUACUUAGUAUUGGAAUGUGAGAAAACUACUUUUGAAAUAAUAUCUGCAUUUAUAAACACGGGCGCAUUUUCUUGUCGUUAUAAGGCAAGAUACUUUCAAUGCCCAAACUCGGUUCGAAUAGGAUGACAUCGUUGUAGAGAUAUUAUGUAACAUCAUAUCCCUAUUUAUCCCUAGAAGUCUUAGUCACCUAUUUUACUAGUUUUUCUUUUGUAGAAAAUUGGAAUUCAAAUUUUGCCUUUCAUACAAAGUUCUUCCAUAUAUAUGUAUUGAGUGAUAGAAUUGAUGCCCCCGAUUAAAAUAUUUUUGAAUCACCCAAUACUGAUCGGACCAUAAAAGACAACGGCUGACAGGAUUCCCCGGCAUUAUUCAGUACCUGACUAAUUUGGGAAACCUAGUUUUUCUAAAUUUUCUUAUUUAUUUUAUUCCCCAAGUGUUCCAUUAUUUUCGAUUUAAUGUAUUCAGCCGUAGUAAUACCGUAGUAAUGCACAAAGAAAUGUGCAAACCGCUUUAAACACCCAGUGUUUACAUACUUUUUUAAUACCGAAAAUGACUUAAUUGUGGAUUUUACCAGACACUUAAUGUUUAUGUCGCCGGGAGUAUUAAUUAUUGGCGUUAACCAUUAAUAUUUUCGGGAAACAUUGAUUUUAUCAAUUUCUGUUUCAAGUUUCCUUCUACCUUAAACUGUUAUAUUUUGCUACAUUGCGUACUUAUAUCUGUCUACUUUUGACUGAUUCACGAUUCAGUAUUGCAGAAACUUGUACUCGUUAUUAAUCAAAACAUUGCACACAGAUUAUGUUGGAUACAGAAGCACACACCACGUCAGCUAAACAUAGAACUCUAAUGUGACAUUUGACCCUAACCUUUGACACUAAUCACCACUGCAUGUUUGGUCAUACAUUAUCAACACCAUGUUAUUGAUUCUUUAACUAUGUUUCUUUUUUUAUUCGUGAUUUACCAGAGAAUAAACAAAAGUACCGUUGAAUUACAAAAAUUUUUAACAAUUGAUCAGAAUGCACAAAAAAUACUUCACGCAGGCCGUGAAACCGAUCACACUAUCAAUUAGUUUUAACAUGACCGUGUCUGAUAUGGAGAAAAGUACAAUACUAAAUUAAGUGCGCAACUUUCUAAUAACCUAAAUAAUUUUAUUCAUUUUCUCUAGCAGAGGGUAGCAAUGAAUCUUACAGUCCAUACGCAGUAAUAAUGUUAUUUUCUUUUUUAUAAUUACUAUCGUCAAUGUACUAUUAAUAAAUAUUAUGAUAGUGACUUUUA